AUGGAGGCUGUGAAGAUGCUUGAGGCUGGCUUAGAAGUGUCCGCCGACAGCGAGGAACUUGAGGAGUUGAAAGCGAAGACUAUGUAUUUUCAGUCGACGAUGGCAGCAAAGGAGGAGGAGAGACAGAAUGCAGUGAAAGAGAGGUAUGGCACUCUGCCAGAUGAUGUUAAACACUUCGCUGUAGUAGCCACUGGCGGUGCGCCUAAAUGCACAGUCGCGGAGGUCUCCCUCGACCAUAUGCUUUGCCUUGUCAAGGAGUUUAUUUCAAACGGCUUCGCGUCGCUGGAUAAGCGGCUCAUACUAAAUGCGAUUGCUACCACUACAAACUCCUGCAUUUAUCGCCUCUCACCCCAAGCAUUAAGUAAAGCACUGUCAGCGUUUCACCAAAUAGUCAUAUCGCUGCCAUCCAGCAUUUUGUAA